CAAUGCUCGCUCUCCGGCCACCUCCCCAGCAAUGGCACACACCACACUCCUCCUCUACACUGUCAUCUCACUCUCGCUCUCCCUUGCAGCUUCAGUUCUUGCGCCACCGCCUGACACCACCCAACAAGCACCGACGACGGUGCGGGCCGGCUACUACUUCGCCGCCGACGCCGACCUCUGGCCCCUCUCGGCCCUCGACGUUUCCCUCUACACUCACCUCUACUACUCCUCUCUCUCCGUGCACCCCACGCGGCACACGCUCCAGCUCCCAGCCGACCUGGCCCAGGCGCGCCUCCUCGCCAACUUCUCCCGGGAGCUCAAAGGGAGGAACCCGGCGCUCAGGACCCUUCUCUCCCUCGCCACCGCCGGCGCCGAAGAUGCCGCAGCAGGCGCCACCACGGCAUCUGGGGACCCCGCGUUCGCCGCCAUGGCCGCGGACCCGACGUCGCGGGUCGCGUUCGUCGACGCGGCCGUUCGGGUGGCGCGGGAGAAUGGCUUCGACGGGAUCGACGUCGCGUGGCGGUUCCCGGCGUCAGCGGUGGAGAUGGCCGACUUCGGGUUCCUUGUGGCCGAGUGGCGCGCCGCGGCGCCCCAGGGGUUCCUGCUCACGGCCACCGUCUACUUCUCUAACCACGUGUUCGGCGCGCCGUUCGCCGGCGUGGACUACCCUUCGGAGGCGCUCGCGGGGAGCCUCGACUGGAUCAACGUGAUGGCGUUCGGGCUCCGGCCGGCCGGCGCAGCGGCCAACGUCACGGCCUUCGACGCGCCGCUGUACGACAGGGCGUCGCACUUCUCGGUGAGCUACGGCGUCGUCUCCUGGCUCGACGCGGGCGUCCCGGCGGGCAAGGUGGUCAUGGGGCUCCCGCUCUACGGCCGGUCGUGGUUCCUGCGCAAUAAGGCCAACAGCGGCGUCGGUGCGCUGGUCGUGGCCGCCGGGCCGAAGCAGCGCGGGAGCAACGCGACGGGGGCCAUGUCCUACGCCGAGGUGCAGGCGCUCACCGCGACCGCGGGCGGACGCGCGCCGGUGAUGACGUCGUACGACAACGCCUCCGUGUCGUCGUACCUGGCGGUGGGCGACGUCUGGGUCGCCUUCGACGGCGCGGCCGUCGUCGCCGAGAAGCUCGGCUUCGCCGCGCGGUGCGGCCUGCUCGGCUACUUCCUGUGGCCAGUGAACUACGACGACUCCAACCUCACGGUAACCAGGAGAGCAUCUGAGGUCUGGGAGCAGAGCAAAAUUUCGUCGGAUUUGAGGAACGUCACGGGCGUCCGGCAGGGGAAAGCCCCAUUUGAGCUGCCGCCGGCUCUCGGGUCGCCUUCGCCGGUGCCCGUGCCGACGUCCGCAUCGUUCUCAUGGCUGUGCCGGAAGAAGCUGCAUUUGUCUGUACUAAUUCUCCUCUUAUAUUAACUUAUAUUAACUGGUGCCUUCCCCGUCUCUCCUCUGUUCACUCCAACAUCGAGGGAUUAGGAUCUCAGAUGUAGCAUCAGCAGUUUCGAAUUUUCUACACGGUUUUAUAGUUCAGAAAGUGAAGAGAGUGCGCAUCAACAAGACAACAGUAGUGUAAAUCACAUUUCAGUUGUCAUAUUGGUUUUUACUGAAAAAGAGAAGCUGUCAAAUUGGUUUUGUUGGCCAAUGACUUUGAGCUUACAGCACUAUGUAUAAACGAAAUUGCUCUGCGGAUGAUGUACAAUCUGACGAGAGUUGGAUGAGAGCCAU